CGUGAGUACUCAGAUCGUUUACAUCAAAAAUUGUGCCUAUUCAAUGAAGCAUGGUCACUAAUCAUUCCCUCUUUGCAGUUUCCUAGCAUCUGGAACUCCAAACCGACAGGAUGUGUCAUACUAGCACCGUCAACUUCUACGCACCUCGAAACCAAUCGUUUGGUUUUACAGAGAAUCUCCAUCGGAAACAAAUACCGAAUCCAAAGUCGCAAAAUUACAGACGACUGCCUCGACGUCUACAUCGUUACCGAUAUAGAUGGCAGAUAUUUUGAGGCUCAGGCGUUUUCACCCGUCGCCGAAAUGCCUCGGGAGCGGGAAGGCCUUCGUAAUGCACGACGGAGACGGAUGAAACGCAUAGCCCGGUCCAGCAACUUUGCUGGAGAGCUCAAGCAUGGAGGACGCCACUUCCUUGUAUCGGACGUUCGGAGGAACGAUAAGGAGUGGGCAGAUCUGCAGGCUCAGACUGGUGGGCGCAUCAGGGAUGAGAAUAUGCCUCGGCUCACCGGAAACAGUAUGGAGAGCGCCUGCGCUGCAAUGAGUCAUUGUGGUUCAGCGUCAACAAUGACACCGAAACAUAAUCAAAGAUCAACUUAUGCGGAUGUCGCGGCUAGGUGUGAGGACUAUGACGUGGGCACCAAUCCAGUUGUUGGGAGAAGGACAAUUACUUUCAGUCUAGGGGGUUCGAAAAGAUCUGCUGAGCCAUAA